AUGGUAAUUGUAUAAUAAUUGGAUUAUACGACCAGAAUCCUGAGCUCAAUCAUCUGUAGGACUUUCCCCCGUUUUGACCGUCUACUUACGUUGUGUCUGGAAAAUUUAGAUGACAAUGAUCAUCUUAAUUUCUCAAUUGAUUUCCUCCCAUUGACAGAAUGUUCCACAAUAAAAUUGUCAAACGUAGCUUGCCUUUUUUUUAUAGGAUUGCUUCAUUUAAUAGGUUUUCCCCCAUCACGUUGCCUCUGUCCUUUUUAUUUCGUUUCAUGCGACUUUGUGACAAAACUCUCUGAAUCUAGGUCGGUCUGUCUGAAAAUUUCAAUCCAGGGGGUGCAAAACCUGCGGAAGAGAGGAGAUUGAGAGGGGCUGCAAUGGUGAGGGGAGGAUCCAAGGGGGAAUCGCCACUGUUCCAGGCUUUGGCUGGUGGCCUAUCAAAGCUUACAGGCCUUGUCCAGGAUUCGUGGAAUCUGGUGGAAGAUACAGGCGGCGUGGGCAAAGCAUGGAUGAGGUUGCCUUUGGAAGGGGAGGAAGAGAGUCUUCUACAGGGUCUUCAGACUAAGCAACUUCGAGGUAGUUCCUUGAUUCCACCUUUUCAUUGUACCCGCAAUUUUUUUUUUAUAAUAAUCUUACCCACCUUAGUGCCGUGAUCUUCGUUAAUUUUAUUGGAAAUGUAUCCAUAGAUUCCUUACAACUGGGUUUCAAAGGGCCUUCUGUAAUGUUCUUGUGGCCAGUGUGGAAUUAUUAUUCACAUUCCUGAUGUAUGCAUAGUUUGAUGAUUUAUGCAGGAAAUAGAAUUGA